AUGUAUCCAAACGAGCAACCCAACUCGUACCCCAACGCACGCUACACCACCACCGCCAACUCGAACACCAACCCAGCGACCUCUCCGUCGACCUCUCCGACGACUGCGACUGCGUCUGCCUCGACGUCUGCACCAGCCUCAGCAGCCAUGCCACCACCUCUCGGCGCACCGUUCGCCCCAGCUCCAGCGGCCGGAUGGUAUCCGGGUCCCGCCGACCCACACGCUCGCGCGAUGCACCCUGCUCAGGCUGGGUUUGCCGCUCCUCCUCUCCCGACCCACCCCCAGCGCCCAGCGUCCAUCAUCACCGUCUUUGAGGUGUCUCCUCAGUCGGGUUACGAAGGUACUCCGAUCAACGUCGCGUGCGACCUCAACUUUCCUCCUUUCCCCGACCAGGAGCGCAACGGUGUUCUCCACAACCGCGUCCGUCUCCUGUUUGGAAACGUUCCUGUCGAGGCCUCCGUUGUGGGACCUACGGCCACUACCGACAGCUAUCUUCUCUCAGCAUGCGCCCCUCCCCUCCACACCACUGGCGCUCGUGGCAGUUGGAGCAUCCCUGUCAAGUUGGAGGCGAUCAACGAGUUUCACGGCCUGCUCGAGACCUCACCCUUGGGAGAGUUCCAUUAUCUUGGUGACGCCACGGGAACCCCCAAGCGGUCCCGUAAAAAGCUCGAGCACGAGUCUCCCACCCGCAAGAUGAAUGCGGUCCGCGGGGGUGUCCGCCGUCGUCACGAAGACGACCCUUAUGGCCCACCACUCCCCGGUGGUACCGCUCAGCCGUUUGUGUACGACUCGCCACCGCCCCAGACUGCGCAAGCACCUGGCCCACCUGGCCUUGUUCGCACCACCCAGAUGCUCCCUGCGUCGAUGGGUGCCAGCCCGUUUGUGAUGCGCACCAAGGCCAAACUCGAGAUCGAGGGCGACCUGUCGACGAUGAAGAACAACUGGUCGCCUGAAAUGUGGGCCAACCGUCGCUGCCUCGUCGAGUUUAAGCGCCGCAGGCAGGAUGCGACCGUUCUGGCCUCGUUCCGUGCCAUCGAGGAGAAGGACUGGCAGCAGAACAUGAUUGUCAUUUCAUGCCUCUACCACGAUGCCCGCCAGGAGUGCUAUUUCACGUCCGUCGACGCCAUCUACCUCCUCGAGUGUCUCAUGGAGACGCGUUACACCACCGAAGAGAAGAACCGUAUCCGCCGCAACCUGGAGAGCUUCAAGCCCACGACGCUCCAGAAGAACGAAGGCCAGUGGCAAGACUUUUACGCUCACAUCAUGAACUACCCCAACCCCAAGCCCCGCAACAUUGACAAGGGCCUCAAGGUCUUUCCCUGGAACCACCUCGAACAGGCGCUCAAAAAGAUCUUUGGCAACUACUCUGCCUACCUCAACACGUCGUUCAACUUCCAGGCCAACCCCAUGGACCCGCAUGUGCAGCAAGUCUCGUACGGCCACCACCACACCAACUCGAUGACCUACGCCGAAGACCGUGGCAUGGUCAACCAGACCCCGUCGUCUGUGAGCGAUGACCUCUCGGCCUAUGUCGACAUGUCGCCAACGGCCACCACGUCGCAGUACCGCACGAGCGGUGCGUCUGUGGCCGCGGCCUCUGAAAUGGUCUCGCCAUACUCGACGACCAACGACGGCGAGUUUAACAGCUACGUCAACAUUUCGCCCGUCGCCACCCCGGCGUCCGCCAUGCCGCGCGAUUCCUACCCGCCCCAGCUCGGGCUGUACGUCCCUGCGACGGCAGUCGACCCCUCCCUGACCCCCAACGGUCACCCCCACCCCAACGCAGCCGGCCACCCCAACGCCGCGUACCAGGCCGCUCCACCGGGUGCAUACACGACCGACCCUCACCUGCCAUACGCACACGUCACGGGAAGCAGGACACCCUCGUCGUCCGACCUGCGCGUCGCGUAUGACCGCGCUGCCCACCCGGCGCAGUACCCCCAGCAGCAGCAGUGA